AUGCAGGGGCUAUGGCACUCCUAACACCCCAGGGAGUGAAAAAAGUUUUCCAAUGUCAGAAACCGGAAGGUCGGAAGCACCUCCGGAGACUGCUGAACUGGGAAGAGUUUGACGAGCUCAGAGACUCCCGCAGAAGCAUCCUGCUUGACACGCUCUAUGAAAGCAUCAUCUUCGCUGUGGGCAAAGGCUUCCCGUGGGUGGAGGUGGCCAAGGUGGUCAAGUUCACAGAAGAGCUGCUCAAGGAAACCAAAGGCUGCUCCAUCACUGAGGCUGUGACCAUCCUGGGAAACAAGCUCAGAGAUUAUCAGGGCCAGUUCAACACCACCCACCUCCUGGCCCUGUGCGACUACUUCCACAACACCUUCAUCCGUCACUACAAGCUCUACCAGUACGUCCUGGGCCAGGAACAGGACGUCAACCUGACCGUCAUGCACCUGGAGGUGUGUGCACCACCCCAGCCCCGCCCACUGGCUGAGGGCAAGGACAGGGAGGUCUGGAAGCAAGAGCAGCAGGUGGCAGAGCUCAGCGCAGCUGAGGUGCAGAAGCGGACAAACAUGCUGCUGCUUAAGGAGGAGCUGCGCCUGGAGCAAGAGCACCUGCGGCAGGAGACACUCUCCAAGCUGCCCCUGCAGAGGUGCCAGGCUCUGAAGAGAGAGGAGUUAGAAAAUCUCAUCAAUGAGGCCAUUCAUGUUCAGAUCGAGUGCCUGAAGGAGCUGCUGCAGUACGAGAUACAGAUAACCUUUGAUAUUUUGGACCUGAGACUUCAGAAGAAAACUCUCACCCUCAAUGCUCCCGUCCCCUCCCUGCUCCCCAUCACUAGCCAGCCAGGCCAAAAUGAAGCUCUUAAGUCAUCCAAAGCAAACAAAGGGAAGAAAGAAAAAGCCAAGAAGAAGUAGAAGCCCCUGGAGUCUACUGUCUGAAGACUCUGAGGAAGAGCCAUAAACCAUUACAAAAGGAUUAUGCUCUGUGCUCCGUGCCCAGUACAUCAGAAAUUUCUAGUGAUUAAAAGAAACAAAGCCAGCACUCA